UUUAAGAUCAAACAAAAGAUAAUUAAAUCGACUUAAUGAAACUCCUAUUAACAAUUCAAUAGUACUUAUUGCUCUUUAAUGAUAUAUUAAUUAAUUUAUCAUUUUUUUACGUUCAUUUAUUAAUCUGUAUAUUUUAAUAUCAAUACAUUCGUAAUAAUGUUAUUAUAAAUACUAAUCAUGUGUCUGUACUAGUCGAUAUUGUCGUCGUACAAUAAUACUAUCACAUAACGUCACUAUCAUGUAAUUCUUACGGUCUAAAAGAUGACUGGUACUAAAAUUGAUAAUAUUUCUAAUCCAAAAGAAAUGGACCAAAAAGAACAAUUUAAUAGAAAAUGGAAUAUGGAUAAAGUACUUUUACGUACAUUUGUUUUAAUAACAUGUAUCAAAGCGUUAUUAAUUCCUUGUUAGUAGUUAUUCUACUGAUUUUGAAGUACACCGUAAUUGGUUGGCCAUAACAUAUAGUUUACCUAUUAGCGAAUGGUAUAUUAAUGCCAAAUCUCAAUGGACAUUAGACUACCCACCAUUUUUUGCAUGGUUCGAAUAUGCCCUUAGUCAAGUAGCUUCUUUAUUCGACGAAGAAAUGGUCAAAAUUGAUAAUUUGAAUUAUGCUUCACCUACCACUGUCUAUUUUCAAAGAACUACAGUUAUACUUAGCGAUCUUAUGUUUGCUUAUGGCAUAAGAGAAUUAGGCGAAGUAUUUUAUAAAUCUUAUAACAGUUACUGCGUUUUUAUAUUUCUGUCGUUGUGCAAUAUAGGAUUACUGAUAGUGGACCAUAUACAUUUUCAAUAUAAUGGAUUUCUAUUAGGCUUUUUAUUAUUAUCAAUUGCUAAAGUUUCAAAAACAUGGGAUCAGAUAUCUAUGUUGCAAGGAGCUGCUUGUUUUGCUAUAUUAUUAAAUCUUAAACAUAUUUAUUUAUAUGUAGCACCAGCAUAUAUAGUUUGGUUAUUGAAAUCAUAUUGUAUAAAAAAUGGUCAAUUUUUUAAAAGGAUUUUUAUAUUAGCAGCAAUAAUUGCCACUAUUUUUGUACUCUCAUUUGGUCCAUUUAUAAAUCAACUACCACAAAUUAUUUCUCGACUAUUCCCUUUUAAAAGAGGUUUAGUUCAUGCAUAUUGGGCUGCAAAUGGAUGGGCUUUGUAUGUUAUCACAGAUAAGAUAUUAUCUAUAAUUUUGAAAUAUUUAGGAUGGAUAAAAAUAGUUAAAUCUGCUAUAAUGACUGGAGGUUUAGUACAAGAAGAAAUAUUUAUUGUUUUACCUACGCCUAAACCUAUUACUACAUUUGUACUCACAUUUAUAGGAAUGCUUCCAGCUUUGUAUGUUUUAUUAUGCAAAAAAUUUGCAAUUACUUCAAAGCAUUUUCUUCGCUGCUUGAUCCUUUGUGCUUUAACGUCUUUUAUAUUUGGCUGGCACGUACAUGAAAAAGCUGUUUUGACUGCAAUAAUACCAUUAUGUGUUCUUGCCGCAGUGGAUAUUAAUGAUGCUCGCAUUUAUAUAAUCCUAAGUAGUGCCGGAUAUACUUCACUUUUACCUUUGCUUUAUCCGGACAAUUUAACCCCCUUGAAAUUAUUAUUAUUAAUAUUACAUAUAUUUUCGAGCAAUUUAAUAUUACAAUAUCAAUUUAAAAAAUCUCUCUUACAUUUACAUGAAUUUUUGUAUGUAAGUGUACUUCCACUGAUAGCUGCUUAUGAAUCAAUAUUACAUAAAUGUUUUUUUAAUGAUAAACUACCGUUUUUACCUUUAGCUCUUAUUUCGAUUUAUUGUGCUAUAGGUAUAAUUUAUUCCUGGUUUCUUUCCUAUUACUAUUUUUUAUGUGAUGAUGAUAAUAAGAAAAAAAGGAGAAUUAAAAAAAAAUAAGAGAAAAGAUAACGUAAUAACAAUCCAUAAAAAGAACCAAAUUAUUGUAAUAAAU